AUGCUUUUCAAGGCUUUACUUGUCACCUUCCUCUUCAUCGACCAAGCCCCGCUCGGGUUUGCCCAUCGUCAUGACCCCAGAGUUACGGACGUAUUUGACCGUAAUGUUCGCUCCCCGCGUUUUGACAAGCGGGAAUCCAAUGCCCAAAGCCCUGUGUAUGCUACCAAAUUUACCGGGGUUUCCUGGGAUAAUACAAACUGGAAAUUGACAACGACGAAUCUUGAUCAGGGACACUACCAAUCGCGUGGAUCAAUUGCGAAUGGCUAUUUGGGUAUCAGCGUUGCUGCAGUCGGGCCAUUUUUUGAAUUGGAUGUUCCGGUUGACGGCGAUGUGAUAAACGGGUGGCCUCUCUUCUCUCGACGACAAAGUUUUGCUACCAUUUCGGGCUUUUACGACCUACAGCCUGAAACGAAUGGGUCCAACUUUCGCUGGAUGAAUCAAUAUGGUGGCGAGAGCGUAAUCAGCGGUGUUCCCCACUGGAGUGGACUAGUUUUAGAUCUUGGAGGUGACGAUUACUUGGACGCGACUGUGAAUAACGCCACCAUCUCAGGUUUCGUGUCUACUUUGGAUAUGAAAGGCGGAAUAUUGAGCUGGAGCUACAAUUGGACUCCCGCGGGUGGCAAUGCCAGCUUUGCUAUCGCUUAUCGGCUCUUCGCGCAUAAACUCUACGUCAAUCAAGCUGUUGUGCACAUGGAAAUCACCCCCUCGACUGACGGGAAUGCGACCAUCGUCAACAUACUGGAUGGAUACUCUGCUGUUCGCACACAAUUCGCUAGCUCUGGAACUGAUGGACAAGCUAUCUAUUCGUCGGUCCGGCCUGACGGUAUUAAUAACGUUACGGCCUACCUCUACGCUCAGCUUGCAGGAACGGAUGAGGUAGAUUUGUCUACUCUCUCCGUGAUCUCCGACAGGCCUUAUAUUCGGACAAACGACUCAACAAUUGCACAGGCGGCUACCGUCAAUCUGAAGUCGGGAGUGACAACGAAAAUUACAAAAUUUGUAGGAGUUGCCUCGACAGACGGUUUUGUGGACCCCAGAUCUAUGGCCAAGGACUCGUGCAGCAGGGCUUUAAAUAACGGGUACGAAUCAUCCCUAAAAUCUCAUAUCGACGAGUGGGCGACGGUGUUUCCAAGCGAUUCUGUUGAUGAUUUUUCUUCGCCAGAAUCAGGCUGGCUGCCCACUGACGAUCAUAUCAUUGAAUCCGCGAUAACCGCCGUAGCCAACCCCUACUACCUCCUUCAAACAACAGUCAGCGCGAAUGCGAUGAAGGCUGUUAAUUAUGCUCCAAUAAAUAGAGGAAGUAUGGCUGUUGGUGGAUUGACGUCGGAUUCGUAUGCCGGCCUAGUGUUUUGGGAUGCGGACAUCUGGAUGCAACCAGGAUUUGUGACAGCAUUCCCCGAAGCGGCGCAGACUUUCACCCACUACCGGGUAGAUAAGUAUCAGCAAGCCCUAGAAAACACCAAGACUGCCUUUGCAUCUUCAAAAAAUCGGACAUAUUUCUCUCCAGAAUCAGCUAUAUACCCCUGGACUAGUGGCCGUUUUGGAAAUUGCACGGGAUCAGGUCCUUGUUUUGACUACCAAUAUCAUUUAAAUGGAGAUAUUGGCCUGCAAUUGAUAAACAAUUGGGUUACAACUGGUGAUAUUAAUCGUUUCAAAUCUAGCCUUUAUCCUGUAUACAACUCGGUCGCUUCAAUGUUCGCUGAUAUCCUAGAGAGAAACGGGUCUAAAUGGACCUUAACAAACAUGACUGAUCCGGACGAAUUUGCUAACGGUGUUGACGGCGGCGGUUAUACUAUGCCAAUGAUCGCGACGACAUUGAUCUAUGCGAAUGGCUUUCGCCAAAUGCUCGGCCUCGAGCAAAACCAGACUUGGAACGAUAUGGCGGAGAAUGUUCUUGUAUCCAGGGACUCUGAUUCCGGUAUCACGUUAGAAUACACUACAAUGAAUGGGAGCACCCAUGUCAAACAAGCCGAUAUAGUUCUUAACACCUUUCCUUUACGCUAUACUGAAAAUUACUCGCCGGAAAACGCGCUUCUGGACUUGGACUAUUACGCGGGGAAGCAGUCGCCAAAUGGCCCAGCCAUGACGUACGCAAUUUUCUCCAUCGUUGCAAAUGAAGUGUCUCCAUCGGGGUGUUCCGCAUAUACCUACGCGCAAUACUCGUUUAGUCCAUAUGUCAGAGCCCCUUUCUUCCAGUUCUCGGAGCAGUUGGUUGACAGCUGGUUGACGAACGGAGGCACACACCCUGCAUUCCCGUUUUUGACCGGGAAUGGAGGUGCUAAUCAGGUAGUCCUGUUUGGAUACCUUGGAUAUCGCCUCCUCCCUGAUUACGUCCUCCAUCUCGAUCCCAACCUACCACCCCAAAUUCCUCAUAUCACCUAUAGAACAUUCUAUUGGCACGGCUGGCCGCUUAAAGCUAGAUCAAAUUAUACACACACUACGAUACAACGUGCGCAAGAUAGAGACGCCCUUCAAACCGCUGACCAACGUUUUGCUAACGCGCCCAUUCCCGUCCAUGUCGGCCCUGAAGUUAAUGUGAAAGUAUAUUCGUUACCUGUAACUGGAGAGUUGGUUAUUCCAAAUCGGCAAAUAGGCUCCAUCAACACAUACCCUGGCAACCUCGUACAAUGCCAGCCUGUCAGCUCCCCCAAUGAGUACCUACCUGGGCAAUUCCCUAUUGCCGCAAUCGACGGGGCCGCUUCCACCAAAUGGCAACCGAAAAGCGCCAAUGUGACGGCCUCGAUAACGGUUACCUUCCCUGAAUCAGCGUUAUCGUCAAGAAUCGUUGGGUUUGGAUUUGAUUGGGCACAAGCGCCUCCUCAAUAUGCGAAGGUUUUGUUGCAUGAUGCACCCAUCCCCCCGGUGGCAAAUAUCUCUUCGAGCGGGCCUGCGGGUUCGAUCGUGGCUGCAGAACUUUCACAGAUCAUUAUGUCAGACCCGUAUCGGCCAAAUAUUACGGAUUUGAACGAAGUCGUACCGUACAAGGGAAAUACAACAAAUAUCACCCUCAGCUCGCCAGUUCCAGUGACUAAAUUCGCGACACUCUUGAUUAGCGGGAAUCAAGCCCUUGGUGAAGUUGAGAUUCGGGCUGGGAAUGGCACCGGGGCAACGGUGGCCGAGUGGUCUAUCCUCGGCUCAGACAGCGCUCAACAGAACAAGCGCGGAGAGGGCGAGCUGAAGAAAUUCAGGAUCCGUGGCGUCACUUGGAGAGAUGCCGCUGAGAAUAGGAGAGUUUGA